GGCGCUUAUGCUUCCUCACUUCUCAGUUGUCAUCGUUCCGGUGGCGGGUUGAAAUUCAUGGCGGUGGCGCCGCUUCUCGCUCCACCUGUGCGCGCGCGAUUAGUAGUAUCGAAACCGCCCACAGCACGAGUUAGAAAGAGAAUUUCGACGUUAGCUACUCUUUCCCCUCCUCAACGCAGUACGGUGGAUUGGGUGAAAGAAACUGCAAGCUUUUUCGAGAAAGAUUCCAGGCCUAUCAUGCUAUUCGAUGGCGUUUGCAACUUAUGUAAUGGAGGUGUGACGUUCGUGCGUGAUAAUGAUCGUAAUAGGAGAAUAAGGUUUGAAGCUCUCCAGAGUGAAGCAGGCAAGAAAUUAUUGAGGAGAUCAGGUAGAGCUCCUGAUGAUAUUUCCAGUGUUGUACUUGUUGAAAAGGAUAGAUCUUAUAUCAAGUCAGAGGCUGUCCUGAAAAUAAUGGAAUACAUCAACUUACCAUUUCCCCAACUUGCAUUCUUUCUACAGUUCGUUCCUCUGUUUAUGAGAGAUUUUGUAUAUGACAAUGUUGCAAAUAAUCGUUAUGCUAUGUUUGGUCGAUCAGACUCUUGCGAGCUAUGAAUCUCUUACACAUUAUAAAAUACUCAAGGUUGAAACCCAAUCAUCGGCGGUGGUUGGGCUGUGCAGGCUGUGGUCUGCGAACGAGCGUUGUUAGUGGUAGCAUCGAGCGGCGUAAGACAUGCGACCAGCGGGGUAGAGAGGGCGGUGGUGGUGCCAUGGGCGUUGAAGCAGGAAGCAGUAGUGGGUGUGGCAGAGUCAAGUGAGGCUAAAUUGAUGUUAAUGAGUUGAAUGUUGGAACAGCCUAUACUUUGGCUGCAUCUUAAUACAAUUGCCUCCUUUGUGCUCGA